GUGUCAUCUUACAAUGACAACACACUGCCUGCUGACCAGACGCUAAGGAAAAGUCCAUCAGACUUUGCUGAAGUAUUUGGGGCCUCACUGGAUUCACUGGAGGUAGGCUUCACCUAAACAUAUUUUUGAUAUUAACUCAGCAUACUCAUUGACCUGAAUCAUCCAGGAAAUUCAAAUUAUUAAUAUCAACCUUCUUAAAGUUAUCAAUGCGUUGGCUUUAGAACAUUUAAUUCAAAUCACAUGUAUUCCUUCUUCGUGCUAUGAUCUGUCGCUGUCCAUGGUCCUUAAAAGAACAACUAAUCCUAAAAUUCAGACCCUUUGAAAUCAGUGUAUCAAACGGACCUUGGUAGUAAAAUAUGGAAUUAAGAUUUGACAUUCUGUUUUUUGCGUGGUAUUACUAUGAGGCACUUAUUUACAUCAGAGUAUUGUAUUGAAUCCAGUACAAAAUUCAUUUUUUGGCUGUCCACAGAAACUAUGAAAGCAUUACAUUUAUUACAUAAAACAUUAUUUUGGAUGAGAAUAGAGCCUGCUUGCAAUGCAAUCGAAUGCAACAAUCAAAAAUAAUAUUCUAUCCCAUUCCAAUAAUUUUAACUUCUUGAUAUGUGUUCAAUUAAUGUUCUCCUCUCGGCUGUUAUUUUUUGGUGAUGUUGAUUUCAAUCGCAAUAUAGUUUAAGGUAUUUCUCAUCGUUUGGGCUGAUUUACAUGUACAUGAAAUACACAGAAUUGUAGAAACACUUACUAUUAUCCUGCACUCAUACAGGCCCAUUUUGUUGCAAUAUAAAACAACAUAAUGAGUCUUUAUAUUUUUGUUGUCCUUCAGUGUUUUUCCUUCGUGAAGAACUUCAAUGUGCAUGACAAACUCCUAAGUUGGCACUUCAUGUUGCUUGUCUGUUCAUCAGACCCGAGGUGCUUUCCCAUACAUUGAGUUAUGUUUUGUUAACAACAUGCAUGGUGACUGUAUCUUGUAAUCUUUCGAACAUGCUGUGAGGGUCGCUGUCUACCAGUCGAAAAGUGAAAUAGGUUGCAUGCGAAAUCGUCCCCACCCACAGUUGUCUUACUCAUUGUUUGCCAUAACACUUGAAUCAUUCACGUAUGUGCAUUUCCUGUGUGUUUGUGUGGAAUACCGACCAAGUCUUUGUUAUUGUUGAUUCAUUUUGGUUGCUGGAGGAUGGCAUAUAACGGAUUGCAACUGAAUAUUUUCUGCGGCUCACUUCUUUUGCUAUUAGGAUUGCAGCUCUCUCAUGGCGAUGUGAGCUAUUCUUUUCCGGAGGAAAUGAAACGCGGUUCAGUGAUUGGAAACAUAGCCAAGGAUCUUGGCCUACAAGUAAGCAGACUUCCACCUCGGAAGGCUCGAAUUGUCCUCGAAGGAAACCGUAAACGUUAUUGUGAGAUUAACCUUGUUACCGGAGAACUGGUCGUCGCUGAUCGGAUUGACCGAGAGGAGCUCUGUGGAGCGAAGAUUUCAUGCAUUUUGAAAUGUGAAUUGGUACUUGAGGACCCACUCGAAUCGCACCGGAUAUCUGUGCAAAUUCAGGAUGUAAAUGACAAUCCACCAGUUUUCGUUAAGGAUGCGGUUAAAUUGGAAAUCGGGGAAUCCACUCCCAAAGGCUCUCGCUAUAGAAUAAAUGCGGCACGCGAUGCAGACAUAGGACAAAACGCUGUGCAAAACUACGUUUUACAGAAAAACAAUUAUUUUGCGCUCAACGUACUUACUAAUUCUGUUGGUACAAAAUACAGUGAGAUCAUUUUGGAUAGAGAAUUAGAUCGUGAAGAAGAGCAAGAGGUGAUCUUAUUGUUGACAGCCGUCGAUGGUGGUAACCCUCAGAAAUCAGGUACCGCUGUCAUUCAAAUCACUGUACUGGAUGCUAAUGAUAACGCCCCCGUUUUCAGCCAGGCCGUUUAUGAGGCUACUCUACCUGAAAACUCUCCUGUAGACACCGUGGUAGUGGCAGUGAGUGCUACUGAUGCAGAUGAAGGCGUGAAUGGUAAAGUAACAUAUGAUUUCAGUGGAAUAAGUGAUAUCGCAAAAGAAAUAUUUGCAUUGAAUGAACACACUGGAGAAAUUACAGUCGCAAAAAAUGUCGACUAUGAAGAAGAAACAAAAUUUGAAAUGCUCAUUGAGGGAAAGGAUGGCUAUGGCCUUUCUUCAGAAACAAAGGUGGUAAUAGAUAUUACUGAUGUGAAUGACAAUGCCCCAGUGAUACAUAUUAAUUCAUUAGCAAACCCCAUACCC